AUGACAGACUCUUCGCAGAGCACCGAGUCCAAGCCCCAACAACAUCAAAUGGGUAACGACCGUCUCCAAGUCACAACGCCAGAGCCCCACAGCAAUAACAAUAACAAUAACAAUAAUGGCUCUAAGAGAACCAAUUCCCAGACCGAGAAAUCACCUAGCACCCCUGGUCAUCUGGCGCCGUUCGACUGGGACGAGUUUGAAGCCCGUUAUGAGGAGGCUCUUGCCGCCGCUGACCGCGAUGAGCAGGAGCUUCUGAGGGAAUUUGAUGAUCUGGUCAAGUUCUUCAAUGUCUGGGCAUCAGCAGCCUCAGUCCACGACACUGAACGCGGCGUCAAACGGCUCCAGACAAGGGAACGCUACGUCCAGAUCGCCGAGCAGAGCUUGUUGCAGAAGAAGAAACAUCUCCAAGAGGUCGUCCGCGCAUUCCAAAGUGCUCUUGCACUCUUGACCCAGCCUUGA